AUGUAUUGCUUCACAUUUUACUACCAGGCUAGGCUAUUUACUCAAAGAGGAAAACACGGUAUUUCAAUUUACCGUUUAGAAACCACACAAAAAACAUGGUCUUUCGUUCUCCCGUCCCUGGCCCCACAUGAAAAAAUCGAUCGACUGUUUGAAAUCCUUCUCACCGGUGAGGCGGACGGUCGUCUUCUCAGAAAACACAGAAGGAUUGUGGUCUCUUUGCUUUUCUUCUAUUUGGAAGAACCAAAGGAAGCUAGAACAUUAUUGGGAAGAAAUGAAUAUCAGAAAGGAAAUAUAGAAGCUGCACUGCAUGUGUUUGAAGGAAUAGAUAUUGCUGCAAUAACUCCCAAAAUGAAACUUGGCCUUACUAGAAAAGUAGAAAUGCGAAAGAGACUCUGA